GGGAACUUUGCCAUUCUUGAGAAUUGAUCAUCAACUGUUCAAUAAACAACAUUUCAUGGAAACCAUUCCUGAGGGCGACAAACCAUUCUAUGAAAAGGUGCUCAACACAGACAUGUUUAAGCAGUUCUUAGAAGACAGGCUGAAAGGAAAGGCGGACUACUGGUCAGAUUAUGAAAAGAAAACCCAACCUUACACCAAGCGUAACAGUGGACCUCUUGUUUCACCUGUAGGUAGUAUUCACAGGCAUCAGACGAAGACUUUGCGCAAGCAGGUAUCUGUCACAACAUUUAAUUCCUUGUCUCAGAGGGUUUUUGAGGUGUUUCGGUUGCCGACCCUCAAUGAUUCUGUUUCUUACAUAAAAAAUACCAUUGGUUUGCUGAACAAGAAUAUUGAGGAAUGCAGAAGUAUUCACCUGAGAUCUUCCUACAUCUACUUGAGGGGUAUGUUUCAUGCUGCUGAAGGCAAUGUGCAGAGUGCAUUAAGUGACCUGCUCAGUUUGUAUGCUCAUAAUGCAAGACUUCUACCUAUGAGUUUAGUCUACACUCUCCUUCAACAACUGCCUGAAGCAGAAAGAGAAGAAAUGUUGCGGAAGAGAGGAAUCACAGACCUCCAUGACCCUGGACCCGCACGACUUACUCGUCCCAAGCUGAUGGCUAAAGUUCCUAUACCUGACUGUGACCUCUCUCUUGAAGACUUUGUGAAGACUGUGUCUCUGCUAGAUAUGGCAACAGACUAUGACACCAUCCUGAAGCUCUUCCUGGCUCUGUCACAUCCUCAGAGAUCCACAUAUGUAGACAAAUAUACAUUUGAUGUUUUCCGCUUAUGUUAUGAGGAAAACCUGGCUCAGUGUGAUUCCUUGGUGUUGCCCAGUGACAGUCUUCAGGCCAGCGAGGUGAUUCUAAGAGUUUCUAACUUGAUAAAGACAGAUUUUGGAAUGGGCAGGAUUGUUCUCACAGACAAAAGGCUGUUCUUCAUUAAAGACGUCAGCAAUAAAUGCAGGGAGAUAGUGAAGCUGAGAAAUAUUGCACAGUUGGAGAAAGUCCAGUACCACUCACUUCUUCGACCAGUAGAUUGUCUACUGAUUACUGAAACAGGCAACAAAGUCAAGUUUACUGCAUGGUUGAAAGCUGACAGAAACUGCUGGGCAGCUUUGAUAGAAGAGAUGAGAGCAGGCAAGACAGUGGCAGAGGCUAUCAAGGACUUUGCUGCCAUUGGUCAUGCUAUUCACAAUGUACUUUUGAUUGAUGCAGUCAUACGCAGUGGCCAGGAUGAGUUGGUGGCUCACUAUGGGCAGGUAACUCAUGCAGCAGAAACUCUGUGUUACUUCACUGCAUACAUGGCUGAAGGUCGGCAUAUCCUGCCACGGGACACCACUUCAGCUCUUCAACGCAGGGUGGAUCCCAAUAUCGGACAGCGUGAAAGGAGGUCAGUCCUGUGUAUGCUCUAUACAGCAGGCCGCUCGUACAACAGCAUCCCUCCCAGGCUGUGGUGUGCCAUGGGUAAUGGUCAGGUGAGAGUGUUUGAUGCCACCAGCUGGACACUGGAGGAGAGCUUCAUACAGGCCAAGAACACAGUGUCUGCGUUGGUUGCUGUGGGGGAUUCUCAAGUGUGGGCUGGAUCUCAUGGAAUCUUUAUCAUCGACACGGAAACAGUCAGCUGCAACAAGACCUUGACAGAUCACCCUGACCUUGUUGUGGACAUCAUUCUCACACAUCAGGGGAGGUAUAUCUACAGUGGUAGUGUGGACGGCACCAUCCUUCAGUGGGAGCUACAGACUCUGAGAGUUAUACAAAAGAUCACUUUGCCCAAUGUCCAGAAUCUGCGCAGCUUAAGGCUGUACAAUGACAGACUCUGGUGUGGAACAUGGCAUUGCAUCACAGCAUUAGACCUGGAGGGCACCCCACUCCAGGUGUUCACACACACUCAGGACAGCAUUGGCAAGCGGAUAGAGCUGGACUGCUUUGAGGUCUUUAACAAUGAGAUCUGGGCAGGCUGUCGCAGAGAGGGUCAGGUGGUGAUAUGGGAUGAGGUGACAGCCAAGCAGAAAGCUGUCCUCACAUUAGACUGCAGUGGCAUUAGUGAGCUGUUGGUUUUUGGAGACAAGGUGUGGGUGGGCACCAAGGAUGGAGUUAUCUACAUCUACACUAGUGCGGAUAAACAACUGUGGAAGACCAUCCGAGCACAUGAUGAUGCUGUCAGAUCCAUGUGUGCUGCAGAGUCGCGUUACAUUAUGUCAGGUGCUGGUUCGAAGGAUGGGACAGUGGCCAUCUGGAGCCCCAGUAUGCGACCUGUGGAGCUGGACGUGUCACCCAGCUGA